CGUCAAAAUCUUUUCUGUAUGAAAUGUAUCCGGAACAUCGUUCCCCUUUCAGUUUGCCUUUUUUCAGGCACAGCAUGUUUCCUGUGUGAAAUUUUGACAAUGUCGAAUGGAUGUAAGAUAAAACUUUUAUUAGGGCUUUGUUCAAGACGGAGCGUUUCUACAACACCAUGUGCAUUUAAAUAUAAUGACAGAUUUACCAAGUAUAAAAGAGAAAUAGGAAGGGGCUUUGGAGCCAAAUGGAGAAUGGCAAAUGGUAAAUCACAUGAUAAUACAAGCUAUGGUCCUCUUAUAGAUCUUCCAGAUUUCUCUUACCUAGAUGGGAGACCUGCACCAUUAACACAACGACAAAUGGGGCGACUUGAAGAGAGGAAACAAACUGCUAAAAAAGUAUACACACUGCUAGGAGAAAUUGAAUAUGCCAAGGAGCGUCACAGAAAACUCAGUGAAGAAAAGCAGCAUGAAAAACCGUUCCCCUUAAAGCCGAAGUCAUGAUGUUUAUAUACAUUGUACCUUUAAUCGUUUAUUAAAUAUAUUGUAUGAU